GAGCGCAUUAUGCUCUGUAUGAAACGUGAAAACUUGGCAGCGGCGCGUUCGACGCGCAUGGACCGCGUGAACGCGCAAAACUUAACCCGCAAUCAAACUUUCCCUUUCCUGAAUUUUUGUGCCCGCUCUGCACAAACGCAGCUUUCUUCCGUUUUCCAUGUCAUUUCCUGUAAUAAAAAGAUGGUGGUCACAGCAGAGAGAAGCGGCUGACUGCGCUACAAACAUUUGGAGAUGAUAAACUUUGCAUCGCCCCGGACUACUGAAACCCCCGCGCGCAGCUGCGUCACCACCGCGUUUCUCAAAGCGGCCGACGACGAGACGCGUUGACGUUGAAGAAGACCACCGGAGACCACCCGACGCACUGCGUAUGUUCUACAGACGCUUUAUGAUGAUGGAGUGAAACGGGGCGCAUUAAAGUCUCUCCCUCCUGCCACACCAUGGCGAAUUCUUCCACAGUUCCAGCACAGCCAUCCAUGGACUUCAAGGCUGACUCCAACUCCAGUGCUCUAAAUGAAAAGUCUUCUGAGAAGCCCAAGAAAAGAUUAAAAGUUGACCGUGAACAUUGUGCCAACUUUUGGUUCUGUGAGGAAUGCAAGAAGUAUUUCAAGGAGCAGUGCCCUACCCAUGGGCCCCCUGUUUUUGUGCCUGACACCCCUGUGGAAUUUGGGGUGCCCAACAGGGCAGCUCUCACUGUACCAUCAGGCACAGAGGUCCUCAGAAAUAGAGAUAACGUGGAUGUCUGCUGUAUUGAUGAAAACAUACCACAGGGGGCGCUGUUUGGUCCUUAUCAAGGCCAACUGAUAGACUUGGAUAAACCUUCUGGACCAUAUUCUUGGAUGAUCGUUGAUGAGGACAACAGAUAUAGAUUUAUUGAUGGAAGUGAUGAAACUACAGCUAACUGGAUGAGGUUUGUUCGGAUUUCCUCUGAUGAAAGUGAGAAGAACCUAAGUGCGUUUCAGCACGGCGAGCACAUCUACUUCCAGGUGUGUCGGAAACUGAAGGUGGGCGAGAAGCUGUGCGUGUGGUACAACAACGAAUACAUGAGAAGACUGCAGAGUGUGUCACGGGACAGCAUUGACCGCAACCUGGACAAAGGUGUAAAAUCAGAAGACCAACAUCCAGACGAGCCUAAAGGUCCAGUUCUGAGAUCUGCUCUUCACGGGAGAAGGACUCUCAGUAAGCAUAUAACCGACGAGGGAGAAAGCCAGCCCCAGGCCAAGAAAAAGAAGAUCGACCUCAUUUUCAAAGAUGUCGUGGAAGCAUCUCUGGAGGCUAAUCAAAGUCAGAACAACCCCCUCAACAGCACCUUGUCUCUGCCCAGAGCACGAACAAACGUGUGCCAGGCUCUCAUCCAGACUGAUGCAGACUGCAAAGAGUCCGUCCUCGCCUCUGGAUUGGCUUCCAUGGAACACCACAAGGGUAGCUUUGAUGCAAAAGGCAUUAAAACAGAAGAUACAGAAGAAGAGGUGUCUCUACCCGGUGAAGGGCCUUCAACAUCUUUCUGCACAAACUGUGUGAGGCUAAAAAAGCGAAUCCGUGAGCUGGAGGCUGAAUUGCUACGUCUCCGAGGACCGGUGCAGGGUGAAGCUCCAUCAGAGCCCCUACCCAGUGAAGAUCUCAAAGUAGAAGCCAUGACACCCAUGGUCAUGGAAGACGAAGACCAGGAUGUCGAUUCAGCAGAUGAAUCUAUUUCCGCCGACCUCAUGGUGGCCACGGACGAGUCUUUGAAGCUUUCGGCAGGUUCGGGUCGACGUAUCCGCCGCUUCAAACAGGAGUGGCUAAAAAAGUUCUGGUUUCUCCGUUAUUCACCUACGCUGAACGAAAUGUGGUGCCACGUCUGCCGACAGUACACCGUCCAAUCCUCCCGCACCUCUGCUUUCAUAAUCGGCUCCAAGCAGUUCAAGAUCCACACCAUUAAACUGCACAGCCAAAGCAAUCUGCACAAGAAGUGUCUGCAGCUUUACAAGCUACGCAUGCACCCGGAGAAGACCGAAGAGAUGUGUCGUAACAUGAUGAUGCUAUUUAACGCCGCCUAUCAUUUGGCUUUGGAAGGAAGGCCUUUUUCUGAUCUGCGACCUUUGGCGGAGCUCCUAAAGAAGUGUGAGCUGAAAGUGGUGGAUCAGUACAUGAACGAGAACGACUGUCAGAUUCUUAUCCAACACAUAGCUCGAGCCUUCAAGGAAGAUUUGGCAGAGAAGAUCCGCCUUUCGCCGUUUCUAAGCAUCAUCAUGGACGGACAUAAUGAUGAUCUUUUGGUUGACACCGUUGCUGUUUAUGUUCAGUUCACAACCACCGAUGGGCUUCCCGCGACUGAGUUCCUCUCCUUGCAAAGACUUUGCGGAGGCAACGUGGACGGCUAUCUCCAGGCGGUGGAUCGCGCCUUCGGUGGCCUCGGUCUGAGAAUGCAGGACAUGCUUGUUGUUGGUUUGGGAAUCGAUGGCUCCAACGUCUCCACUAGUCUAAGGGCGAAUCUUUACGUAGCUGCACGAAAGACAAUCCCGUGGGUGUUGUGUCUGCCUGUGAUGAUCCAUCGUCCUCAUUUGGAAGUACUGGAUGCCAUUAGUGGGAAGGAGUUGUCGUGCUUGGAAGAUUUGGAGAACAACUUAAAGCAGCUGCUUAGCUUCUAUCGGUAUUCGCCGCGUAUGAUGGCUGAGCUGAGGUCAACCGCGCCAACUCUGUCAGAAGAAACUGAGUUUCUCGGCGAUAUAAGAGGCACUCGAUGGAUCAUAGGGGAGCCUAAUGUUCUCAAUGCCCUUAUUAAGGAUUACCUGGAGGUGGUUGCUCAUUUGAAGAGCAUAAGCAACCAGACCCAAAGGGGUGAUGCUUCUGCGAUCGCCUUGUCUCUACUACAGUUCCUGUUGGACUAUCAAUCUGUGAAGCUCAUUUAUUUUCUGUUGGACAUCAUUGCUGUCUUUUCACGGCUGGCUUUCGUCUUCCAGGGCGACUAUCUGUUGGUCUCACAGGUGGAUGCCAAAAUCGAGGAUGCCAUUUAUGAGAUCGGUCAGUUGGUGGACUCCCCGGGCGAGUACCUUCAAGAGUUCGAGGACAACUUCCGGGAAAGUUUCAACGGCGUGGACCUCAAGAACCUACGCGUUGCAGAGUCCAAGUUCCAGUCCAUCCGAGAGAAGAUCUGCCAGAGGAGUCAAGGCAUCCUCACCCAGCGGUUUGAUCCGCAUAGUCGUACGGUCGUGCAAGCUUGUAAGGUCCUCGACCUGGCCACGUGGCCCCUCAACAGGGAAGACCUAGGUGCGUAUGGAGAGGAUGAGAUUCUUCUCAUUUUUGACCACCUGGAGAGGGUUCCCUCAUCCGGCCGUGAGCUCUCGCAAGAACGAGCGGAUGCCAGAGGAAGCCUUGUGGUUGAAUGGAGAGACCUGAAAGCCAAUUAUUGUAGUGGGAAUGGGUUUAAAGAGAUAAUAAGCCACAUCUUCAAAUACAAGCAACGUUUUCCUCUGCUUUAUCACAUCUUGCAGAUUGUCAAGGUCUUGCCGACUUCGAUGGUAUGUUGCGAUAAAGGAAGGGGGUGUUUACAGAAAAUGCACAGAUAUUGUCGUUCCAGACUGACUGUGGAUCAGACAAACGAUCUGCUUGCCUUAGCCAUCAACGGUCCCCCCAUGGGGAGCUUUGACGGAAAGCGAGCUCUGGACAGCUGGUUCGAAGAGAAAUCCGGGAACAGCUACUCGCUCUCGGCAGAGGUGCUGAGCAGAAUGUCCACCUCCGAACAAAAGUCUGUGUUGCACAAUAUGGAUAUGAAUGCAGAGUUUUAUCCGGAUUGAUUGGAGACGAUUGCUCAGCCAUAAGAAAUUCCAAAAUGCAAUCUUAUUGGAAAAUGGCUGAUCGGGACUGUAAUGUGAUUGGCCAAGUACUUUGGCCCUGCUGCUAAAAUGGCCUGGUUCAGCGUUUUCUGAGAGAAGGUAGGAAUACCUUGCAGGUCACAGGCACAUGAAAUACUUUAAAAUGUUCACAUAUGUGGUGGCGAGGUGUUGACAUGGUUGAUAUUUUUGUUCCAAAGAGGAAGUAGCUUAUUUUAUAGUGGUAAACGUUUGAGUGUUUCUUAAAACAACUUUUCAUCAUUUCAUCUGGCAUGAGUCACUUUCAAACAAAACAUUUUUAAUUGAGGUAAUAUGGUGGUAAACGUUUUUUGUACCACAUGUGCUAUUUACACAGGCAUUGUUUUUAUUUCAGUAGUGCUAAUAUACAUACACUCACCUAAAGGAUUAUUAGGAACACCUGUUCAAUUUCUCAUUAAUGCAAUUAUGGUGGUUGUGUAAUGCUGUGGGGGAUGUUUUCUUGGCACACUUUAGGCCCCUUAGUGCCAAUUGGGCAUCGUUUAAAUACCACAGCCUACCUGAGCAUUGUUUCUGACCAUGUCCAUCCCUUUAUGACCACCAUGUACCCAUCCUCUGAUGGCUACUUCCAGCAGGAUAAUGCACCAUGUCACAAAGCUCCAAUCAUUUCAAAUUGGUUUCUUGAACAUGACAAUGAGUUCACUGUACUAAAAUGGCCCCCACAGUCACCAGAUCUCAACCCAAUAGAGCAUCUUUGGGAUGUGGUGGAACGGGAGCUUUGUGCAUCCCACAAAUCUCCAUCAACUGCAAGAUGCUAUCCUAUCAAUAUGGGCCAACAUUUCUAAAGAAUGCUUUCAGCACCUUGUUGAAUCAAUGCCACGUAGAAUUAAGGCAGUUCUGAAGGCGAAAGGGGGUCAAACACAGUAUUAGUAUGGUGUUCCUAAUAAUCCUCUAGGUGAGUGUACAUUAGCAUCGCAUUGCCAUUUAAACUCUGUGAUGUAAUUUGCUCGACAUAACAUUGUGUUGUCCAAACAGAUCAGUCUGUGUGACGAAACGUCUGUUGGUAAGUCUUCUGUUUUUAUCAAUGUAUACUACUUAGAAACGUUUUUGUUAUUCUAUCUGCAAUAUAAUUAAAGCAAUCGGUCUGUAUUAGUCUGUUGACUGUGUACGGGAAUUUUCUACGAAAAGCACUUCAUUUAUUUAGCAUGUUCUGUUUGUUGUUAAUAGUUUUUUGGAAUGGAAAUAGCCACUAUUUUGCCAUGCAGUAUAUUCCUACUUCUACCAUGUACCGGACAUUCUUUAUAUAUUUUUAUUUUAUUUUCAAGUGUAAAUCCUGAUUAGAAAAUAUGUGGAUGUGCCAUAUGUGUUUAUGCAGCUGUGCACCUAUUAUGUGCCAUUUACACCCAAUACAAAGCAAACUAUAAGUUUCAACUAUAUAAAUAUGCAAGGUUUUAAAUGCCUUACAGCUAUUUUAAAACAUUUUUGCAUUUCAUGUGGUUGUUUGGUUUGUGUUUUAUGUACACCCACUGGUGUACAUCCUUGGACCCCUAACCUUGUGCUGAUUAUUUAUGAUUAAACAUAAAACCAUGGCAGAUGUAGUUUAUAGACUGGGAAGAUUGUAGAAAUGUCUUGGUUCACAGUAAUAAGAAACCUGUUCAUUAUUGAUUCACAUCAGUCUGAAAACAUUGUGCUUGACUUAGAGAUCCUAAACCAAGUCAGCAAUUAAAAGUAGAAGUUGCUUUUGAUUUAAAGUCAUAUAAGAACAAAGCUUUUGGAUUUUUGAUUGUCUUAUUUCAUGCUUUACACUUAUGGCAUUUUAUACAUUUCAUCUCUUUUGGCCAGCAGUGUACGUUUUACUCGAACGUCUUGCGUUAUCUUGCCUUGCCACUAAAUUCCGUUGAUUGUAACUGUGCAAUAUAUAUUCACUCUUGCAUUGUGUUUUAUUUAAUGCAAAUGCAUCAAAUACUUAUUGAUAAUGUUCCUUAAUGCAAAACUGUGGAGUUCGAGUGGAUCAUGCUAGAGCAUGUUUUUACCAAAAGCUUAUGGACUCCCCACUUUUUCGUCUCGGUUUGUUGUUCCAUUUCAUUCAGUAAUUGUUUGGCACAAUGCUGCAUUUGUUUGGUUUCUGUUAUAUUGUGAAAACUUAUUAUCCUCACUAUAAUGUGUUGUAAUCUUUUGUAUAUCGACAACAAAUCACCUGAUUGAGAACCAGAUAGAGAAUACAUGCAGUAUGUGAAUAGAAUUCAUUGUUCUCACUGUCUGUCAAAUCUAAAAGAGGCGUCAGAUGCAGUCAAGUUACAUUAACUCAUUAACUCACAAGUUACAUUACUGUCCACACGCAUAGUUUGCACUGAAAUACAUUAAGUAUGCUAAACUUGAGAGACAAUAUUCUGCUCCUUAUAAUUCAGCAUGUGUUUGAACAGAAUGGUGUUUAUAGAAACAGUAUUUCUUUACCAUUUCAAUGAAACCAUUUUUAUCAUGUUUUAAUCAAUGAUCAUUUCAAAAGCAGAUAUUGUGAAAACUAUACAGUAUUUAAAAGCGGAUCACUUUUCCCCCAGUGAAUAAUGGCCUAGCGUACACGCAUCUGAAAUCUGAGCAGUACUACGUUUGUAUUAAAGGGACGGUUUACCCAAAAAUGAAAAUUCUGUCAUCAUUUGCUCACCCUCAAGCUGUUCCAAACCGAAUCUCUUUAUUUUGCUGAACACAAAGGAAGAUAUUUGGAAAAAUGUCAGCAACCAAACAGAUCUCAUCCCCUAUUUACUUCCCUACUUAGUAGGGAAAAUAAAUAAUAUGGGAGUCAAUGGAGGAUAAGAUCUGUUCAUCAGAACAAAGACAUUUAUAAAAGUUUGGAACAACCAGGGGGUGGGUAAAUGAUGACACAAUUUUCAUUUUUGGGUGAAUGGUUCAUUUAAGAGUAGAUAAUAUACAGCGUAAGCUGGCAAAAUUCUGAUAUUUUUAUUUGAACUCUUCCAGUAUGUGAAUGUGCCAGAUGCUUUUGAAUGCUUUUUGUUUUCUUCUUAAUUUUUAAGAAUGGAAUCCUAAGGUGGGGAAACAUGUAUAGUUUGUGGAUAAGUGCUAAAAUAUUUGUAUUUUUCUUCUGUUCAAAUGUGGGUUGUCUCCACAGUGUUUUUUAGGUUGUAUUUGGACCUUCAGAAUCUCCUUUUUUGUUUUUCUUUUAAUGGUGAAUGUUCUCAUUAAAUGAGCCAAAUUGAAGUCUGUUUCACAAGAGCUUUAAUGUCUCUCUCUUUUAUCCAACAUUAUAUGUACCACGAGUCAAUAUUCAUUUAUGUUAUCUUUUAAUGUAAUCCCAAUAAUGUACUUUGUCAUUUUUAUUAUUAUGGCAUGCUAUUUUAAAUCUAUUAUGAAAAUGUAUUAUUGAUGAUCUUUUUGCAUUAGGGAGAGUCCUGGUGAGGCCUAAGGAAUAAAGACUUUAGUUUAUUUUCAAAAGGAAUGUGUAAAUGGUUCUAUAUUGUUAUUCGGUAUCUUUUCGCAAAGAGAAAAAUCCAUUAACGUUGAUUGCUUCAUUUUACACAUCAUACAUAUUUUGCCUAUCUUCCUGAAAACACAACACUGGAAACUCUAAAAUAUGAACUACGUGUGAAUUUCAAUAAAUGUAUGCUAAAGGAAUGUAGACAUGUAUUAGAAACCCAUUUUAAAUGACAGCAUAUGGAAUCUAUAUUCAACAAAUAAAGCUUUAAUAAAGUUUUU